CGUUCCUCUGACGGGUUUCCCCGGUAACUGACAACAGCCGCCAACCCCGCCCCGAGCCCCUCGGUGAGGUGGCGCUUCCCCUGUCCAAGCCCCCGAGGCGGGAGAAUACCCCGUGUCCAGAGCUCCACAAGCAGGCGGGCGCUUGCCCGUGCCCCGGCUCCCGCGGCGGGAGCAUGGCCACGCAGAGUGCUCAGGAGGGCGCCUGUGACCCCCCGCCCCGGCCGGAGCAGCCCGGCAAACCUGGCGGGUAUAUUGCCAAACUUAGAGAAUUGGUGAAACAUGAAGCAGAGAAAAAUAAAUCUCAGUGGAAAACUAUGGGGCCAGCAAAAGUUGCAGUGCCGUCUCCAAAUGAUUUUCUGCAGAAACGUUCCAAGGAACCCAAGAUAGCACCAAAAAAAAAAGAACGGGAUUGUAAAAAAUUGCUUCCACCAGUGCCACCCAGGACAUACCACCCCGUUAUUCGCAUUAAAAAGAAUUUUAUAAAUAAAAAUGCAGUUGCUGUUAUCAAGGGGGAGCCUAAAAAGCCUCGACAUUUUUGUGUUGAUACAAGACAGGGAGAUAAAUAUCUCCUUGAACCUUCAGGACUCUUUCCAAAAUACAUUAAAAAAAAGAAUUAUGGUGUUAUACCAAAAUAUGUGACACGGAGAAAUGAAGAAAUGAAGAGACAGGAGGAAGAAUACCAGGCUAGUGUUUUGGAGCAACUCAAGACGAAAGCCAUGAAAACUCUAUCUGAGGAAGAAAGGACAAAUAUUUUAAAGGCACUGAAAAAGAACUGGGAGGAAAUAAAUAAUGCAUAUCAAGGUCUUCCAAUACUAGCAGACACCAUGUACAAGAGGAUGCAUAAAGAAGAGCUGGAAUUAAAGCUGAAACAACUGGAGCAUGACAUAGCAGCAAUCGAGAAGCACAAAAGAGUCUACAUUGCAAAUGUGUAAGGAUUGUUGUUCAGAUACUGCCUCUUUUCUCCUUUUUCUCUAUCCCUGCAUCUCCAAGAAGUGCCUCUCUAAAUUCUUAGAAGAUGCUACUGUCAAUUAUUUAGAAGGAAAUGCUCAACUAAGUAUGUAUCUUCUUAGAAAAGUUGUUACAUAUGACUCAUCUGUACAGUCCCCAAAAGAGUUAGAAAUAAAAUGCUUAACUAAAUUUUGAGUAUGAAUAAUUAAUUAAUUUUAUUAUUCUUUGUAAUUUUUAUUAACUACUAAGAUUUCUAUAAACAUCAUACAGAAAGCAUAUAAAACACUGUUUCAUAUGUUUGGAGUACAUCUUUCCUUGCCUAGCCAAAACAAAGGGAAAUAAUUGGCUGCUGAAGACAGCUUGGUAAAUAUAACUUCAGGAUAGAAUGGCUUCUGGACUAUAUGUUAAAGAGAUGUUAUGCUUUACUUAAAAGCUUGAGUGAUUGUAUUUGUAAAUAGCUUGACUUCUGCAUAACAUUUUGUGUACUCAUUUUUUGUUACCAAAACCAAUUUUCAAUGUGGAAACCUGUAAUAACACAGACUUCACACAAUACAGAUACCGCAUGUGUGUUUUUACAAGUACACAAUUCUGUAAUACUACAGUAAAUCUACAAUUAAGUUAGAAAAAUGUGUUUUGACUGGAAUUAUGUGUGUAUUGUUAGAAUGAAAGCAAUAUACAAGCAUCUGAGUCAAGACUCACACAAAAAUUUUAUCAGCACACUCUACUGCAAUUGUUUGCAUAGAAGGAAAAAUGUUUUUCUUUCCUACUGCUUCAGCUUUUCUUCAUAGAAUUGUAGGUAUUGUUUAGAUUAGAAAAGAUCUUUUUCAGCCUUUCAGAACACAGCUUUUUCUGUAUUGUAUCAAUCACUACCACCAGCAGCUGUUGUGACAUCAUCAUAUCUGACAUCAGCAAAGGAUAAAGUAAAAAAUACAAAAUUAACUAUGAAAAGCCAAGUAUUCCCAUACAUUAAGUUCCUUUCCUAAAUUUUUCAGGGAAUGGCUUUGAAGACUUCACAAUGAUUCUAGGUUUUAUUUCUUGUGUAUAUUACACUUGUCUAUGACAUGCACUAGGAACAUGUGGGUGAGCAGGAAUGUGUAUUUUGUUAUUUGUAACUUAUUGUUAAGCAAUCAUGUUUAUUUUUGAAGGGUGUAAGCUGGAAGAAAGCUGCAGAUUUGAAAAAAGUGGAUUUAAUAUGCUUCUUACUCAAAAGAAUGACACACUAUGUAUAUUUUAACAAAACUACACUUAAUUCUCUAUGAAGUUUGACAAAAUAAAUUUGCAGAAUCCAAAGAAUGCAACUGAAGAAUGCAAAGCUGUAUCUAUAUGUUCAGGAAAAACCAGCAAUUGAAAGUAUAAUGUUCAUGAAUCAACUAAUAGGUACCAUUGGUAUAACAAAAUUUAAAAGGUGAAUAAAUUCAAUUGUUCUGAUAGAAUUCUUCCCUCAUAAAAGCUAUUAAAUAUUAACAGAAACAAGCCUGUCCACAGACUAAAAAUUAGCAUUACCAGUUGAAACAUCCUUUAAAUUCACUAGUCAGUUACUAAUAAUCAAUGAAAUAACAAGACUAUAACCAAAAUGCUUCAGUACUUCAUAAUUAUAAAACUGGUAAUUUCAAAUUGGAUAGCCAUAAUAAAACAUGAAAAAUGGGGCAUGAAUAAUCUAUUGGUCAGUAAGAGUUACGUUCCCACAAACUAAAAAUAUUUCCUGUUGGAAGUUGUGCAUGACAAAGCUGCGUAUCUAUUUUUUAAAAAUAGCAACGUGAAAUUAUGAUGAAUAUCUCACUGACUGUUCUUGAGAAUGAAACUAUUUAUAUUCAGGAAGGAAGGGAUCAGAUAUGGCAUGGUCACAAGCAGAGGGAGUUCCUGAUUUUAUGGCUCCGAUAGACCUGCCUCGAGCAAGCGUCAGCUCUGACAGGAGCAUGUGGGCUCCAUGUGGCUGAUCUUGGACCAUGGUGGCUUUUUGGGCUCUGCAUGCAUUCCAGGGGACUGAGUCUGGGACAGUUCUUCAAAACCUUCCUUGCAGAGGGGUAACCUCAUUCCCCUCACGAAAUAGGCCAAAAUUCAGUGGGAAAAAUAGGAUAAAUUCACCACUGAAUUAAUUUUUCAUAGUUGCUGUAGGUAGGUUCUUUUGUAGGAUGGCAUGUUGUGACCCCUGGUAUAUUUUUAUGGAAAAUCAAUACUGCAAACUGCAGCUGUGAUGGCUCUGCCACAGAGCUAAAAUCUCGUCCUUUCACUGGCAUACAUUUCAGGCAACACAACAUACCUAAUAAUUUCAGCCUUAAUGAAGACAAACAUCUUUCAGAUAAAAAAAAUUCACAUAUAUGCAGAUUAAUAGGAUCCUAGAUAAAUUCUAGCCUCAGUCCACACUUUCAUCCUCAGCUUUAGGAUGCUUAUAAUUAAUGACAUAGUUAGAGGGAGACAGGUGGCAAACCCUGUUAUUAAGGUCAUCUGACAUUUCCCAUAGUCAAGGAAGGCAGCUGCUGAGCCCUGCAUCUGGCUGGCACUGUCCACCCCAGGAACCAGGUGUGUAUUGAGCCUGACCAAGCCAAGGAGGAGCAGCCAUUUCUUCCAUGAUUGGCCAUCCAAGGUGGUGAUGUACACCUGACAACAUGAAUGCCUAGACUGUAAGGUUUUUCAUACUAUCUCAAUCUUCCUCCUGUACUCCUUCUUGUCAUGCAAAGUUAUGUAAAUAGAAUAUGAGUAAAUGCAGGGUUUUCACCUUCCAGGCUAAGCAGUGGCAUUAUGGUAGGAAUGCAACGUGAAUUGUUUCUUGCGGGCUUUUUUUUACUGUUUAAAGGGUGCUGAUAUAAAUAAGACUUCUAUUUCACCAAGUUAUGAAACAGAAUUUUUUACAGACUGUACCUCCAGAAAUAGUUGUAGACAGGCAGACAUAGCCAAAUAGCAGCUAUAUGCUGGUCUUGUUGAUGCUGCUAGGAGAGUGAACUUCUGUUCAGUCACAGUACUAACCUGAGGUGUUAAUUCAUUAUUCCAUGCCAGCCUCGACAUUGACUGCACAACACGAAGAAAUUCACAGAAACAUGCAAACACUGGAAUAACUUUGUAUUCAAAUCUUUCCUCAAAUGUCCUUUGCAGUGGUGCCCACCAAAACUUUAACAACAGCUGAGCUGCUGGUGAGCUGAAAUAAGGGUUAAUCUUGCUGACCUGGGCAGUUUCCUUGAACUCCCCUGGUACUGUAGCCUGCUGUUUCUUGUCUUAAAUUGUUAUCUGUUAUAUGGAUUGUGGUUUUCUCUCUUUGCUUAGUGUCUGACACAAUUUUCUGUUAGUAGAGCUCUUGUGUGCUUAUAAUAAAAUUAAGAACAAAUAUCA